AUGGCAAAAAUUAGCUUCUCUUUCCUUCUUCUCCUCUCUGCUAUCUCCAUUGCAGCUGCAAUCGAGCUGACUUCAAAUCGAGGCUCUGGUUUCAGGGCUUUCAUCGAGCAAGAAUGCCGAGGCACCCAAUAUUUCCAGCUAUGCGUUCAUUGCCUUUCAAUUUUUGCGCAUUCCACUACACAAACACCAGAGCAAUUAGCCCAAGUUGCAUUGAAGGUGAGCUUGGUGAGGGCAAGAUAUGCAAGAGCUUAUAUAACCAAAGUUGCUCAAGAUUUGAGGCUAAAGAAGACCAAAGAUUACCAAGCCGUGCAUGAUUGCCUAGAGCAAAUCAAUGAUGGUGUGGAUCAGCUCACGAAUUCGGUUAAGGAGUUGGGAAGAAUGUCUAUAGCUACUGAAACUGAUUUCUUUUGGCAUCAAAGCAACGUUAAUAGCUGGAUGAGCACUGCAGUCACAGAAGCACUAACGUGCAUGGAUGGGAUCUCAGGGCAUGCAAUCGGAAGUAAAGUGAAAUCUACCAUUAGAGCAAAGGUCUUGAACGUGGCACAGGUUACUACCAAUGCUCUAGAUUUUUUUAACCGAUAUGUGUCAAGACAUCGAGCCUCUCAAUCUCAUAACCCCAAUCCCUGA